CUCAGUUUCACAAGUUCACAUGGCAUGGGCUGUGGUGCUUCGGUGCGAAGAUCCGUGGAGACAGCAGAUCUACAAGCCCACGACGGCAGGACCGAGGUCUCCAUUAGCCUAUGCUUCACAUUACGGGAGCCGUCAGCUGCAGUGACUGCCAUCUAUGACCGCAGUUAUCACGGCAAUAUCAAGGAGGAUGCCAAGGAAUGCUUUGUUUCAUUCCCAGGACUGGGGCAACAUUUGCCAGAUCCAGAGCACCCAGAGAGGUGUCACUGCCACAAAAUAUAUGGUGUGGAGGAUGGCAACAAGAGGAACUUCAAGAACUUUGGGUACAUAUUAAAUUGCGACAAGGAAACCGAAGAUGUGCAGAAGAAGGCAAAGGCCAUGAACGCAGUAAUUCUUUGCCCGAAUUUCAGCGAUGAAGAGAAGGAGAGAAGAACGGCGGAGGCAGAGUCGAUCUGCAAGCGCAAGAAAACCUGUGCCUGGGGAUGUGCAUGGUACCAGGCGUGGCUCGACAACGUGCGCAAGGCAGUUGAAAAGAAGCAGCGCCUGAAGGUGGUGUACUUUCCAGAUCAGGUGGGGCAAGGCAAGGUGGAGAUGGAGCACUUGAACACAGCGGAUUUGUGGGACGGGGUCGGGUGCGGCACCUCACAGAAAGGUGAAAUCGCAACCUUGGACGAGAUGAGGAAGAAGAGCAAGGAGGACAAGUCAGACUGGGACUACGAUGAGAUAGAUGUUUUCACAUACCUGCGUGCAGAGUUUAAGCAAGGCACCAUAGUGGAUGCGUUUGACUCGAGUACAAACAAGUGGCGAAGGGGGUCCUUGAUCCAGGUUCGGCAUCGCAGGGAUAAGCGUGAUGCGUUCCUGUGGAAAGUGAGGUGUUUGGAGAGUCAGAAGGAUGAGGUGUUUGAGUCUACCCGCGUGCGGCAUGUUGCGGAUUCCAUUUCAAGUUUCCUCAACGACGUUGGCAGUGACCGUGUAUGGACGAUGUUGAAAAGCACCCUGCCAAGGGGUGUAGAAGUGGUGACUGACCUUGCAGAACAAAGGCUUAGAAAUGGCUUGCCCGCAUGCACAAUUGAAUUGCUCGUCAAAGAUAUCCAAGCACUGCAGACUUUGCGGGAUAUGGUGCUCAGCGAGAAUUUGGAGGCGAGCAUCAACACGGAAUUGCGCAAAGUGGACAAUUAUCGUCUCAGGCAACUGCGCGUCCUGAAGACCGAGUUUUUCAUGAUGUAUGAGAAGAGCCUGCAGAGCUUUUCAAGACUCACCGCGCAUCAGAGGGAGAAGCUUCGCGAGAUGGAAGACCACGGUUACGAGCGGUUGCACCUGUCUGCCCCGGCAGGGGCGGGUAAAACCUUUGUGGCGCUGCAUUAUGUUCUGAACACACUCACCAGCUCAUCAGGGUAUGUGGUGUAUGUGGCGCCGUCAAAGUGCCUUUGCCUGCAGUUCUUGACGUGGCUGGCAACGAGAGUAGGGCAUGGCAGCAAAGAUGCACGCAAGGUGGAGGCCAUGCUCGGCAAGGUGAAGGUCAUCCACUUUCCCUAUGACCGUCUGCAAACUGCGGGCAUUGAUCGCGCGAGCCGAAUCACGUUGAAAGUGGGCAAGGACACUCUGCCCAGCGGGAUGGUGCUGGCAAUUUUUGAUGAGUCUCAUGACAUAUUCCGCCCAGGCCAUGCGAGAAGACUUGCGGAGAAGGCUUUCAACGAGGCCACGCAGUGUUUGCUUCUAUCAGACCAGUCUCAAUCAGGUAGUUUAGAGCAUGAGUUUCCUGAGCUGCACAGAGUCAAGCUCACAGAAGUAGUUCGAAGCACAAAGAGGAUUGUUGCUGGUGCUGCCGCGUUUGAGUACGCGGGGCAGCAAGAGGUGAAUAGUCUGGGCACAGAUGGUCCAGCCUUGAAAACCUACAUCUUUGAAGCGAAAGACGAGACGGGUUUGUACACCCAGUAUGCCAAUUACACCAGCGAUGCCAUCACAUACGUCAUUCAGAGCUAUUCGGAGCUUUGGCUACAGGGGCGCCUAGCCCUUCUUCUGCCAGAUGCUGGCUUUCUUGAAGGAUUUCGACCAGUUCUCCAAGAAGUUCUACAGGAGAGAUUUGCCAGCCGAAACCUUUGCCUCGUAAGCUUUGAGGACAGCAUGGGUCACCUACAUCUACCGGAACAGCUGGAAGCUGCUUUGUUAGCAAGGGAAGAAAUUGUUUUGGAUACAGUUCACAAUGCGAAAGGCUUGGAGCGCAUGAUUGUUAUAUGCAUCGGACUGGAUGAAGCGAUUACAGGCAGCGCUGGGGACGCCAAGGUGCGCGCGGGCCUGUACCAAGGCAUCAGCAGAGCUCAGCUCAUGGCCAUCGUGGUGAAUAGGUUUCUGCCGGAAGGUUGGCUUGCGUUCCUUCGGCUUUUGCGAUAUCAGGACAUGAGAAAGUUUGAGGCCGCGGCACUCCGGGAAAUGGACAAAGGCUCUGCGGCUCAAGUGAUGGACGCAUUGAAAGGUGCGAGGCAAGACAUGUUGGAGCCGGAGAAAAAGCAGCCAAAGCAGCCAGAGGAACCGCUUCCUUGCGGACAGCUGGCGGUUGAGGUGACGGUUGUCGUGGAGGAUGCUCAGCUUGCGGCAGGUGCUGACAUGCCUGUUCCGCUUACGCUUGGAGAAGUUGCGGACAGCGAUGGCAAUGACCUCAACAGCCUGGAGUCGCUUGCACCCCUGCGGUCCCCUCAUUCCUCUCUGCCGUCUGCCGCAGCCCGUGUAGCUGCUACGGGGGACUCCUCGAAGCCAGCGCUAUCAGGGCCAGCUCAUCAUUCAGCUCUCCGCGAAGAGAGAGACACGUUUAUCUGGGACACAGGGGACAACACCAUCACGAAUGCCUCGCAGCUAAAGCUCCGAUUCAACCCCAUCAGCUCGCAGGUCAAGCUCUCAGACCGCGGGUUUCUGCUAAAAGCGGUGGCGCAGCGCGGGUUGGUGCUGGAGCUUGCCUUGGAGGAGCUGCGUGCAGACAGCGAGGUAGUGCUGGCCGCAGUGGCGCAGAACGGCUCGGCAUUGCAGUUCGCCUCCGAGGAGCUGCGUGCAGACAGCGAGGUAGUGCUGGCCGCAGUGGCGCAGAACGGCUCGGCAUUGCAGUUCGCCUCCGAGGAGCUGCGUGCAGACAGCGAGGUAGUGCUGGCCGCAGUGGCGCAGAACGGCUCGGCAUUGCAGUUCGCCUCCCAGGAGCUGCGUGCAGAUCGCGAGGUGGUGCUGGCCGCAGUGGGGCAGAACGGCUCAGCGCUGGAGCACGCCUCUGAGGAGCUCUUCGCAGAUCGCGGGGUGGUGCUGGCAGCGGCGGCGCAGAACGGCUGGGCGCUGGAGCACGCCUCCCAGGAGCUACGCGCAGAUCGCGAGGUGGUGCUGGCUGCGGUGGCGCAGAAUGGCAGGGCGUUGGAGUACGCCUCCCAGGAGCUGCGCGCGGAUCGCGAGGUGGUUCUGGGGGCGGUGGUGCAACGUGGCGAUGCGCUGCGGUAUGCCUCCCAGGAGCUGCGCGCAGAUCGCAAGGUGGUUCUGGGGGCGGUGGUGCAACGUGGCGAUGCGCUGCGGUAUGCCUCCCAGGAGCUGUGGGGGGGGGAGUCCCGAAGGAGCUGCGCGCAAAUCGCGAGGUGGUUCUGGGGGCGGUGGUGCAACGUGGCGAUGCGCUGCGGUAUGCCUCCCAGGAGAGCUGCGAGGAGACCGCGAGGUGGUGCAAGCCGCGGUGACACAGGACGGCUCGGCGCUGCAGUUCGUCUGCCAGGAGAGCUCCUUACACAGAUGAACCACGUCUUCCAGGAAAUCGAUCAGAACGGCAAUGGGGCCAUCUCCUGGGUGGAGUUUCAGGCGGAGAAGCGCAAUUCGCGGCGCCCGCGCUUGCUGUCCGCGGGCCAAGUGCGAUCCCCAAGAACGGUGUCCUGGCCCGACGCCGGCAGCCCCCGCGGCGCAGACGAGGUGACCAUGAUGCUGUGCCCGAGGCCAUCCAAGCCGGUUCCCGCGGAGCUUCAUAGUGUGACUUGGCCCGAUGCUGGCAGCCCCCGUGGCGCAGACGAGGUGACCAUGAUGCUGUGCCCAAGGCCAUUCAAGCCGGUCCUCCCAGAGUUUCAUAGUGUAACCUGGCCCGAUGCUGGCAGCCCCCGUGGCGCAGACGAGGUGACCAUGAUGCUGUGCAGGCUGGGCAAGCUACCCAAAGCGCUUGCCAGCCAUCCUUUCCGGCAUCCUUGUUUUCAAGAAGUUGCAACCAACCGUGCAAAUGGAGCGGUCCUUGGAACUUGUUUGGCCUUGUUGGCGGGUUCUUAGGUCACCGACAAAGCCCCCUUGAUGAGACAGUGCCCCAUGUUUUUUCUUUUUCUCUCUUGAUCUGAGAUCAAGGGGUGACAUGUUCAGAGUUUCAUCCGGUGGCCACCGUUGCUACAUUUUUUUUUCCGGCUGGUCGGGGGGGGGGCUUCCCUGCCGUUGAAGCCGAGUCCCUGUUGCCCCGCUCCCUGAAACUGCCAGGGCCUAGAGCCUCGAGGACGGAAAGGCGAGGCCAAGAGCUCUUGAAUUCAAACCCAUCUCGUCCGGACGGCUGAC